AUGGAGAAAGAAGAUAUUGUGAUCACUGGUUUCUCAGCCUACUUUCCGCAAGCGAACCACAUGGUAGAGUUCAAAGAAAAACUCUAUGGUGGAGUGGAUAUGGUGACUGAGGAUGAUGCACGUUGGCCUCCAGGUCACCUGGGUCUGCCCAGGCGUCAUGGGAAGAUCCGAGACCUCUCCAAGUUCGAUGCUCUGUUCUUCGGCGUGCACGCGCGGCAGGUGCACGUGAUGGACCCCCAGUUGAGGCUCUUGCUGGAGACAUCGUACGAGGCCAUAGUGGAUGCCGAUUACGACCCGGACACCCUGCGUGGUCGAAACGUCGGUGUUUUCAUAGGCUCAUCCGAAUGCGAGACGAGAUGUGUAUUCGAGGCGGACGUGAAAAAUAUCGACGGCUACGAGACUCUUGGCGGCAGCCAUUGCAUGUUCUCGAACAGGAUUUCAUUCUGCCUGGAUUUUCACGGCCCCAGCAUGACAAUUGACACUGCCUGCUCAUCUUCGUUGAGCGCGCUGAACGAGGCUGUGCUGGCCCUCCGCUCCAAACGCUGCAAUGCAGCCAUCGUAGGCGGAAGUUGCCUUACGUUGGAUCCCGCAUUAUCACUCAUGCUAAUGCGCCUCGGCGUACUCUCCAAGGACGGAAAAUGCAAGGCUUUCGAUUCACAAGGCGAUGGAUACGCGCGCAGCGAAGCUGUGGGAGCAUUCUUUCUUCAGCGACCGUCGGCUGCCCGGCGAGUAUACGCCAAGAUCAUCAAUGUCAGGGCAAACACGGAUGGUUACAAAACCGAAGGCAUAACAUUCCCUUCUGGCAAACUCCAAGAGAAACUUCUGAGAGAUGUGUACGCUGAAGCCGGAAUCGAUCCACGUCAAAUAGGCUACGUCGAGGCUCACGGCAGUGGAACGAGAGUGGGGGAUGUGCAGGAGCUGGCUGCCAUUAGCAGCGUUUUCUGCAAGUCCCGCGAGAGGCCGCUCAAGAUCGGGUCCGUCAAAACCAGCGUUGGACACACGGAGACUGCGUCAGGCAUUGUCUCCAUAGCCAAGGUCAUCCUGGCCUUCGAGACUGGCAUCAUCGCCCCAAACUUGCACUUCAAAGAACCAAACUCACGCAUCCCAUCGCUACUGGAUGGCAGCAUUGAAGUUGUAAGCGUGCCGACACCCUUACCGGAAGGUCCAGUUGGAAUUAGUUCCUAUGGUUUCGGCGGCGCGAACGUUCACGCAAUCCUUCAGUGCAACGACGGCACAUGCGGACAUGACAUCGACAUUCUUCAGCGAAAAAAUCCGCAGCUUCCGAGGCUUGUUCUCUUCGCAGGCAGGUGCGAGGAAUCCUUGGUGAGAACCUUGAAUCGUGUAGAAGACGAAGGACCAUACCCAGACUCUGCGUAUGCUCUGCUGAACGAAGUUGGACAGCCCAGCAUCAGAAAAUUUCCCUGUCGUGGUUUCGUUAUUGUGCCUGUGGACGCCUCCGGAAACAAGGCCAUCAAAGUGUCCUCAUGUUCUCCUUCAGAAAGGCGGUUCCUGUGGUUCAUCUUCCCGGGCAUAGGCUGCCAGUGGGGUGGCAUGGCAACGCAGAUGAUGCAGUUUGACCCAUUUGCUCGUUCGAUUCAGAAAUCACACCACUUCCUACGGCCAUACGGCCUAGACCUUAUCCACCUUUUGACCAGCGAGACUACAGACGAAAAAAGCUGGACUCAUCUCUCAAUUGUGGCUGUGCAGGUGGCCUUAGUGGAUACGCUCUGCUCUUUGGGAAUUCAUGCCGACGGUGUUGUAGGACACUCAACAGGAGAGAUUGUUUGCGCGUACGCUGAUGGCUGCCUGAGUGCUGCGCAGGUCUUACAGUGCGCUUACUGGCGAGGCCGCUGCAUCGAGCUUGGGAACCUGCCCAAGGGGGCCAUGGCAGCCGUGGGGAUGACAUGGGACGAAGCAACAAAACGUUGCCCCUGUGACGUUCACCCUGCGUGCCACAAUGCUGAGGAUUCGGUAACCGUAUCCGGUCGUGCGGAGGCCGUGGCCGACUUCGUCGCGGAAUUGAGAAAAGAGAAUGGGUUCGUCCGUGAAGUUGACAGUCUUGGCGUAGCAUUCCACUGCAAGGAAAUGGACAGCGUUGCGCCUGCGCUUCUUGAAGAGCUUCAGAAGGUAAUUCCAGAACCAAAGCGCCGCAGCGAGAAAUGGAUAAGCUCGUCGGUUCCACAGAGUCGCUGGCAUGAGCCCGUUGCUGCGCACUGCUCAGCCGACUACCUUGUCAACAACUUUCUGUCGCCUGUGAUUUUCUACGACGCCCUGAAGCACGUGCCCAAGGACGCCAUUCUGGUCGAGAUCGCACCACACGAUUUACUUCAGGCGAUUCUACGGCGUACUGUGGAUUCUUCAGCCAACACCUUGGGCCUGAUGAAGCGCAAGGCGAAGAACCCACUCAUAUUUUUAAGCUCAUUGGGUAAACUGCACAACCUCGGUGUCCAGAUGAACCUGUCCCCCCUAUACUCUACCGUGUCAUGGCCGGUUCCACGUGGUACACCAAAUAUUGCACACCUUGUCAGCUGGAACCAUUCGCAGUCUUGGACAGUCGUCAACUUGAAGGAUUUUCCGUCCUCGUCUCAGGCAUCAGAGGAGAUCAUAGAAGUCGACCUAGAGUCCAACGAAGUGGACAGGUUUUUAAGCGGCCACAUGGCAGACGGCCGUCUGCUGUUUCCUGCGAGUGGACACAUUCUUCUUGCUUGGAAGGCUAUGGCCAAACGAUGCGGCAUGCUUCACGUCCACAUGCCGGUUAUCUUGGAAAAUAUUACGAUACAUCGAGAAAUAGUGCUUCCCUCAAGUGGGCCCGUACGUCUCUCAGUGAGUGUCUUGCCUCUGUCGGGUGAGUUUGAAAUUGGCCACGAUGGCAACGUGGUGGCGACGGGUCGUGUGCGCAUGGCCAAGGAAGACGAGAACGUGCUGGACAAAGGCCCACCUGGAAGGCCGGCCGAGAUGAUUGAUUAUGGCCUGGAUGGUGGAGAUGUGUACAAGGAGCUCAGGCUCCGUGGAUAUGAAUACAGUGGAGAAUUUCAAGGUAUUCUCAAAGCUGACGUGCAGAAGCCGUACGGGAAACUCCAGUGGAGAGACAACUGGCUUUGCUUCAUUGACGCAAUGAUUCAGUUCGCUAGCCUAUCUGAACCGCUGCGCAGCUUCGUGACACCAGCAAGGAUUGAGUCCUGCAGAAUAGACCCAAAUAUUCAGGCAGAUGUGUCCAAGACAGAUGGAGAUAUAGGUGUGGACGUUGUCUACAACCACGACCAGAACACGUGCCGUGCCGGGGGUGCCGUGAUUCGAGGUCUCCAUGUAAGCGUCGCCCAGAGGCCUGCCUUGCAACAGACUCCUCUGAUUGAAGCGUAUCGUUUCAUUCCCUACGAGGACAACGAGCAAGCGAUGCGCGACAGAGAAGCGUCCUUGAAGGAUUAUGUUGACUUCUGCGAGGCCAUCGCCUCGCGCGUCGUGAACUGUCGCAGUUACGAGACGCAGCAACAUUUUCCCAACAAAGGCGACGCGUGUGAGCUGAAUGAGCGGGCUCAAAAACCGCGCUUGCCCACUUUUCUGGAAAACAGUGGUCUUCUCAUUGUUUUGGCUGCCAUUGAGGAAUCUGCCAAGUUUUCUUCAUUUGCCGCCAGCGUGCGUGCCGCAUUGGAAGAUCACAAGAGUUUCCUAAACAAUGACUGUCUCAGCACAGCUCUAUUCCAAGAGAAUCCAUUAAGACACCUUCUUGACAUAGUACUAGAGAACACAAGCUAUCCAAAAGUCCGAAUUUUAGAGGUGGCGUCCAGUGAAAAUUGUUUGCUCCUGCCACCAUGGGUAAUUUCCUUGCUUUCCCAGUCCAGUACACACCUGAAGACCGAAUACACCGUGGCACAUCCUUUUCCAACAUGUCUUUCGGGACACAAGAUUCCCACGGGUGUCACAUUGAGCAGCAUGCAGUGA